UAAGGAAAGGUGUGUCGUUAACACCAUAAAGAAUCGCUAUAACGGUAAGCUCUCCCUGUUUUCGGACUCUCCUUCGAAGACCGUGUUGGAAGACUGAUUUAGGACACCUGUGUACAAGGAAUGAAUUUUGGUAAACUCCCUCGGAUUCACGCUGAUAUACAUUGAACUUCAUUGAGCGCAUAACGGGUGUAUUGAAAUAGAAUGUCGGCCAUACCAAACACGGUGCCGGACCCUGAUCAGACCAUUCAAAGCGGAAAAGGGAAGGAAAAAGAUCGAGUGGAAAGCCCAAGAGUCAGGCGUCAGCGAAAAAACAGCCCAGAUCCGAGCAAAAGCUGUAGCGGAAACACUGCAGAAGAGCGAGAAGUUGAUAAAAAUCCCGAAAAUGAAGCACAGGAGAAUUCCGAAGAAAAAUCCAUAUCUCCGGAAAACUCGUCCUCAAAAGAGACCGAAGAUUCGGAGACAGACGAAAGGAAAUUUACCACAAUCACAAGUAACGGUUCGGAAUCAGAUAGGAAGGAAGACACUAAACAAGAAGGCAGCGUUACGGGCGAAGGAGCCAAGUUACAAGCUGAAGCAUCUAGGCUGAAAGACGUCUUGGCUGAUGUUGGGAAGUUCCUGCAGAGUGCCAACGUCUUCGUCAGGGAGGAAUUUCAUACGUUUCAGAAGAUGCCACUUAAAAGUUACUCUCCUCAGAUGAGCCGUCUUAAGGAUGUGGUGAAAACGAUUGUAAUGACAUGUCAACUCUUUGAUUCGGUUUCCUCUGAGUGUAACAAAGAGAUGAAAACGCUGAGACUCGCUGUUGAUGAAAUGGCGGAGUUUCUGAAGAAGGCAGUGAUAACGGAGGACUUGACGGUGUGGUUGGAUUUACCCCCAGAUGCAGAAGAAGAACAAAUGCGACUAGCCGAGGAGCGCAGAGCAGCAGAUAAAGUUCGACUCUCCAAAGCCGCCGAGGCAAGAGCGGAGGUCGCUAAAGCGACCACUAACAUUGUGGAGGCUGAGAAAUGUGCGGCAUUGGCAAACGUUGACCUGUUAGAGACCAUUGCUGAGGCCACGAGAGCAGAGGAGGAGGCCAAGCUGGCACUGAAGGCGGCCGAAGAAGCCAGGAUUGCAGCCGAGUUAAAGCUCAAAGCGGAAGAAGAAGCCCGGUGUUUGGCAGAAGAAAGAGCAAAGAAGAAGGCAGAAGAAGAAAAACGAAAAGCGAAAGAAGAGGAGCGUCAUCUUGCGGAAUUGGCGUCCAAGAAAGGAACUUCCGUGACGGAUGAGCGACUUGCUUACGCCCAGAAAAAGGCGAGGGAAGAAGAAGAAAAAAAGAAUCCUCGAAACUGGCCAAGAUUUAUUUACAGCAUUGAUCCAGGCGACUACGACCCUGGCGUAGGCUGUGUCAUUCGGGCAGUUGCCGGAAGUGUAUUACGCGACGAGAUCAUCGUGAACAGGGUCGACUCAUUGGCUGAUAUUGCGGUUCUGGAGGAAAGUGAGGAGUUAAUCAGCAAUGUGAUAGCUGUAUCUUCGGACAAAGAUAUUAGCACAGAGGAGCCGAUGUCCAUAUCUAUCCCUCAUUGUGGCCCACGGGGGCACACGUCACGGGAACCUGUCAUCAAGACGAUUGACCCCUCAGGCAAAUGGGUGGAAGUGCCUACCAAAGACAUCACCUUUGAGGAUAUUAGGGAACUUAAGUUUGUGGAAGCGCGUGUCCAUCGCCUCGGAACGUUCAUGGUGGUGCUACGACCAAAACGAGACCACCUGAUCUUCACGAAGAAAGGCGGUAAAAUAUCCUCCACCACUGACCCAAGAGUGACGCUGAACGUCAGGCCGGGCAUGUUUCGGGUCAAUGCCAACGUCACCUUAGAGGUUCAUCCUAUAGACAUGGCCCAGGUUUCCGAUGUGAAGGCUCGGUUUCCGUCAAACUGCUCAGACCUCCUCUCUUCCAGCCCCAUCGUGCGCUUCUGUAUUGCCAACCGGAAGCUUUCUAAGCCAAUCAAUGUGACAGUUCCUCUCCCGCCUUCGGCAUCUAGACCUCGACAGCGACCCGCCACAGCUGUGUCACGUGACAGAACGGACAGAAGCGACAAGCGGCCGUCAACUGCGAAAGCCAUUUUGUCGUCUGCGUCAUCAUUGCAGAAACAAGAAGAGGACAGCACCCCAGAAGAAAACCUGUAUCUCCUUUCGCGGACAAACUGCAGCGACCAGUGGUCAUUAGUUAACGGUGUCCCCUUGACGCACCAAAAGAACAAAGAUAUCGUUUCUUUCAGCAUGGUAGAUCCAUAUGAAAGGUUCAUGGUCAUUAGCACGAAAACGGCAGUGUCAGAACUACAGGCCGAGAAGAUCAGUGAGCGCAUAGAGGGCGCUCUUCGACAGAAGACAGUCUGUUUGAUUCUACGUCAGAAUAAUUCCGAUCCUGGUGACGUCGUGCUGGCCUGCACUUUGAUGAGCCAAUCAGAUCGCUUGUUACAACAACUGUCUGAAGAGGACUAUGACGAGGGACCGCCUCCAAGCAAACCGUUUAUUGUCAAGGAAGGGCAAAUAAUGGAGAUUCGCUUCCGAGGAAAUGUUCAAAGACAAAACAGUCAGGAGGGACUCAGAUUCGUUUACAACUCUCGGAUAAAAUGCUUGAUGCACUUUUCAGUGGAAGAAAUUGACAAAUUUGCUCAAAAGAGUUUUGAUUGCUAUCGUGGAUUUGCUCAAGUGUACACGAAAGUUUUGGUCCCUGUCCAAGAGCAAUCGGAGGAGGAAAAGGCGCGUAACAACCAUAUGCAAAGAAACACUGCCUGGGAAGAAGGGGAUACUUUACUGGGCGAGCUUUUGAUUAGUCUGCCGAAGCCUGAUCCGGAGCCACCCAAGCCCCUGAACACGGCGCCGGUCACUCUGAAGUCUGAAGGUCCUGUCGACGAUGAUGUCCUGAAGAGAAUCUCAGAGGAUCUAGGCGACGAGUGGAAGCGUCUUGCCCAGUGUCUCAACGUGAGGAAGAUGCGAAUCCAGGCUAUACUGCGACAAAAUCACAACAACGACACCCAGUGUUCCAUACAUGACAUGCUGUUAACCUGGGCAAAGAGGCUGCCUAGAUCCGUGAACAAGGUUGAGAUUUUAGCCAGUGCCCUGGUGUCUGUGGGACGUACGGACCUAGCCGAAGAUAUCCGAGGAAAGGACUACGACAUCAGGCAACAGCGCGCACAAAGUGCGAAAGACUCUCAUCUUCGCCGGGUGUUUGUGAAGAUAGCACAAGACGUCCAUGUGACAAAACAGUGGAAGGCACUGGCUAAGCAGAUGGGGCUAACCCUUGGGGAGAUCUCGCAGAUUGAGGAGUAUGUAGGGACGGGUCCUGAUAGGUGCCUCCAUGCCCUCCGCCACUGGCACAAUAAGAUGGGUAACAAGGCCACGAAAACAGUUCUCCUCAAACAUCUGAGGAUAUGCCGGUUUACGCAGGCUGUCAAUGUGAUUCAGACAGUGUCGUGAAGCUGACUUGGCUGUAUACUGCUGUAUGACGCAUAGAAUUACAGUGUUGUGAGGCUGACUUGGCUGUAUACUGCUGUACAGAGUAUAAAAUGGACUGUGUUGUGAGGCUCACUUGGCUCUAUUCUGCACAUAGAGCGUAUAGUGACAAUGUAUUGAGUCUGAAUUGGCUGUAUACUACUGUACGACGUGUAGAGUUACAGUGUCGUGAGGCUGACUAUGCUGAAUACUACACGUCUAGCGUAUAGAGAGACAGUGCCUUGAGGCAGUCUUGGCUGUAUGCUGCAUAUAUAGCGUAUAGAGUGACAGUGUCAUGAGGCUGACUUACAUAGCUGUAUUAUGCACAUACAACAUAAAGAUUAACAGUGCUGUGAGGCUGACUAUGGUGUAUAUUUGUGAAAACAGCGUAUAUAGUACCGUGAGGCUGAAAUGGCUGUAUACUGCACGUAGGACGUAUAGAGUUGCAGUGCCGUGAGUUGAAUUGGGCUGAAUACUGCACAUAUAGUGAAUAGAGUGACAGUAAGAGCACCUAAACCCAAGUUAUGUUCUUGAUAUCUAACUGGCUCAACUUUUAUAUUUUUUAUAUUUCAAAUGUCUAGUGCUACAAAAAUUCUUUUCGCCGCACCAUGAGUGAUUUGAUUCACUGUUUCGCUUCCUGUUUUCAUACAUCCCAGGUAUUCAGGCUAAACUGGUAUCCACGUGUGAACUGAUGAAACAAGCUACGUAUUGCAAGUCUUGUUCUGCUCCUACUAACUCCUGUCCGGCCGUACGUGAAAGGUCUUUCAGCAACCUGCGGAUGGUCGUGGUUCCUUGAGCUCUGAUCGGUUUUCUCCCACCAUAAUGCCGACUCCGUCGUUUAAGUGAAAUACCAAUCAAAUAAAUAAAUACUAACUCCUGUUAACUUUUGUUGUUAGGUAGUAGCUUGAACAUUCUAUUAAAUCAUAAUUAUUAUCCGUUCAUAUUUAAACAUGUCUUUACAAGCCGUAAGUAAUUUUAAAAAUAUCGUGGUUUUAUCAGUAUAUGACCCAAGAUAACAAUGACAUUUUCCUCACAAGUUUGUAAUGCGUGAACAUGAGAAUGUAACUACAUACGGAAAUAAAAUAUGAUCCCUAU